ACUUGACAUUGAUAAAUUAGGUUAUGUACAAAGUAAUUGCAUUCGAUUUUUCGAAUUUUUUUAAAUUAGAUUAGUAAUAAUUUAAUGUUUUAUAAAAUGGAUGAUGAAUGUUCACAUUCAGGUCAUCCAUGGAGACACUAUGGGAAUUGGAAAGAUAUCACCCUACAAUUUCAAGAAGCAGUUAAAGAUUUAAAAUUAGGUGAGUUAUUACAUGAUGAUCUCUUCGGACUUUUUGAGGCAAUGUCAGCUAUUGAAAUGAUGGAUCCAAAAAUGGAUGCAGGGAUGAUGUGCAUUAGAGGUGCUAGAAAAAUUGUAUCAUUUGACCAAGCCUUACAGGAUAAUAUCUUAAAAUUAGAUGGUUUUAGUAAUAAGGAGUUAAUAGGAAUAAUAGAUUGUACGUUCGCAUGUUUAGUGUCUUGGUUAGAAGGGCAUUCAUUGGCGCAAACUGUUUUUAUAAACCUAUAUUUACAUAAACCAUACAUGAUAGAACACAAAAUAUUUAAAGCAUUUUGUCUUGCUAUAUACAAACUAUUAGAAGUAAUCAAGGAUUUGGUCCAUAAUGGUAUGGUAUAUGAAGAAGAAGAUUUUCAACCCAUGCAAUAUGGGUAUCACUUAAAUCCUGAAAUUUCUGAACAACGCCUAAUUGGUAUGCUUAGAGAAAUUGAGGAAGAUCUUGAUAGAAAAACAAGAAGUAAACCAGAUCAUGAAAUUCAUGCCUUAUUUGGAAGAAUUAAAUUUUUAAGGACAUUUUUGCAAAUUUUAAUAUCGUUUAGAAAGGAAGAUCAACCAGCUAUUUCUGAAUGUCAUAGAUUAUUAGGUAGUUGUCUAGAUAUGUUAUAUAUAAUUCAAGAUACUAUAAAUAUAGGAAUAACAAGUGAAGAUCCUGAUAAUGAACACAUAAUGGGGUUUGAACCAUCAAUAAACCAGCGUUUGUUGCCGCCAACAUUUCCUAGAUAUACCAAAAUUAAAUCCAGAUCCGAAGCUGUUACUUAUUUUAUUGAAAUGGUUGAAAGAUUUAAAGUAGUUAGUAAAAUACAGAUGAUAUCUUCGUUACAUCAAGCGCUUGAUUUCUUCAUCGAUUUCAGUAAAUCCAGUCCUUGCAUUUUAUCAAGAUCUGCUUUACAGUUACUAUAUCCAGGUACGAUACCAGCACAUAUAAAAGAUUUACUUAGGGAUGCAGUGAAGACAUUUAUUUGUCCCCCAGCUUUGUUGUCCAAAUUUUUAUUGAACAAUGCUCAGGCAAAACAUUAUGUGGAUACAUUUCUAUCUCAUUGCUCAAAACCUUUUAUAAAUUUUCUCCAAUUAUGUGGUCACAACAGAGCACGGCAGAGGGACAAAUUAGCUCAUCUACUUGAGGAUUUUACAGCUUUACAAGAUGAAGCUGAGAGAGUAGAUGCAUAUUUGCACAAUCUGUCCGUGAAUUCCCCUUUAGCUCGACCUCAUAUUGCAUGUUUUGGAACUUGGAUUUUGUAUCAUACAUUACGGAUUAUGAUUAUGUACCUCCUAACUGGUUUUGAACUAGAAUUGUAUAGUGUUCACGAAUUUUAUUAUAUAUAUUGGUAUUUGUAUGAAUUUUUAUAUGGUUGGUUGAUAUCGGCCUUAUCUAGAGCUGAUAGUUUUUUAAUAGAAAACGAUAUUUUUAAUGAAAUACAAAGUAAAAAUAAGGGAAACAAAAAGAAACCUAAGAACAAGAAAAAAGCUAGGCCUUAUAAUAGAGACAUUCUAUACCUGCAAGCUCUUCAAAAUAUGGCUGGAGGAUAUUACAAGGCACUUAUGGGAUUUCGAUUAGAAGGAAAAAUAACAAUGCCGCAUCCUAGAUUUGACAGUGAACAAGUCCGCUACGAGCACCGUUUCGCUCCUUUUCAAAACCUUCUUACACCACCUCCUGUUGUCUACUCAGAAUUUAGGGAAAUGACAUCAUUUGAAAGGUUCCAACAGCAACCCGUAGACAGCUGUUUCCUUUAUAUAGCAGGAUGUAAGCACUUCCAUCAAGCUAGGCAGUUGUUGGAGGGCAUAACACAAGACGCGGAGGUUUCCGAUUUAGUGACAAUAUGCAAAACGAAUUUUAUUGUGUUAAAGUUAUUAGCUGGAGGACAUAAAAAAGACUGUACGAAGCCACCCGAAUUUGAUUUUACUAGAAAUAAAUAUUUCCCGAUUAUGAAGAUAAAUUAAGUUUUUUUAGCAAGUCCGUCAUCAUGUUUUGCGCGAUAUUUCGGUUCGAUUUUUAACCUUGUUGGGUUCUUUAUAAAUCUUAAAAGUUCCUUUAAAUAUUCGAAAUAAUGUUGUUCUUUUUAAUUAAAGAAAAAUCCGACAUUUUAUUCAUCUAGUGAAAAGUCCAAGUUGACUUUGUACCUGCGCAUUCCAAAAAUGUUAUAAACAAAAAUCGCAACUCCAAAAGAAUAAUGGCGCAAGUGAAAAUUAAUGAUUUGCAGAAUUCGCAAAUUAAAAUAAAUGAAAUAUGAAGCUUACAACUGAAACGUUAUGGAACUGUUUGGAAAUAAUUGAUGAGGACUUUGAGAAAGCAAAUUUAUUCUAGUUUUUGAUAGUACUAAUUGAUAGAACUAAUUGAAGAUUUACAGGCAUUAAAAGUCAAAAUUUGCACUUGCGUCAUUAUUCUUCUGGAGAAGGGAAGUAUUGAAUAAUUUUGCAAUAAUAAUUCACUUGUCUUUGGUAAAAUUCUAUGAAUACAACUUCAUAUAAAUAAUUUAUCAUUUAAAUUUUUGGUAUUUCAAAUGUUGAAUUUAUCAAUCUAUUAUUGGUAACAUAUAUUUUAUAAAACAUGAAGUAAUCAUAAUGCGUGUUUUGCAUCUGACAAAUUAAUCACUUCAUGAAGGAAUUGAUGUAUGUAAAGCGAAACUUCACGUGAAUAAAUUAUCAUUUCUUCAAGGGCUUCUUCAUGUUUAAUACAUUUAUUCAUCUAGAAAUUCUUUAAUAAAUUCUUAAAUUUCUUUUGUGUCACAUUAUAAAUCUAAAACACUUUUUAUUUGUGUAUGAAUUUCUUCAUAAAAAAAUUGAUAGAUGUAAAGUGUGCCUGAAGUAAAAUUUUUGUUUAAAAAUGUUUAUAUUUAUACAAAAAGAUUCGGUUUGUGUUUUUGCGACAAUUAUACACAACCAAAAAUAUUUUUUAAAAAAUUUGCUGAAAAAGUUUUUCAUAUUAUGUUCAUAGCUCAUAAUAUCCCAUAUUUGGACGAUCUAGUCAAUUUUUUUCCUAUAAUGGACUGCUCUAUAGUGCAAACGUUACUUACUAACUCCUGUAUGAUGAAUCCAACAGAAUGUUCGAAUACAUUGAUUUUUAACAGGCGACGAAUGAUAACUUAAAUUUUUCAUUAGUUUUUAGUGAGCUAAAUUUAAAAUUUGAAAUAAACUAAAAACAAACAACUAAAAAUAUUUUUUCUCUUUCGAAUAGUCAAUGGAGAACAGUUUUAUUAUUUGAUAACUUAAAUAUCAGUUUAAAACAAUAUCCCAGUGUCGUGUUUUUUUGUCUGUUUAUUUCAAAUCCAGUUGACAAUAUAUGUUGGUAUUUAAAGUAUUUAAGGGGGUAGCUUCUUAAAAAAUUUCCAAUUUUAAAAUAAUUUCUUUAUGGCAUAAUACGAAAAAUAUAUAUAUUUUUUCGUAGAGUGCUUUUCAAUUGCCGAAAAACUAAUUUUUAACAAGAUGUUUUUUGGCAGAAAGAAAUUGUAAAAUUUCGAAUCAUUCAAGUGUCCCAUACCUGCAAUUAACACAUGUACAUUUCACUCUUAAAACACCCUGUAUAUAUAAACACAUAUUUCAUUAGAAAUAAAAAUCGAUGUAUCCUAACAUUUUCUUGAAUAUUUUUAAUCGUGCUGGAGUCAGUAGGGGUAACACUUAACGUUCGCACUAUAUAGUAUAAUAUUUAGAAAAAGGAACAUUGAAUUAUACCUAUAAUCUUUUUAUAAUGUCCAUUUUUGUUAAUAAAUAUUUUUUUCAA